GAAGAGUCGAUAGUAGCGACUCGCUGACGCGCAUCAAUGGAAUUGACUUCGUUAGUGAAGAAAAUGUGGUCCUCAGAGAGAAAAAGUCCUUCGAACAGGAAGAACAUCUUCGGAAACUUAGAGCAGAAGAAGAAUCAAUGGUCCAAGAGGCUGAAAGGCAAAUGAAGAAGAGAGCUACUUUGAAACAGCAAACACAAGCUGACGAAGUUACCAUUACACCGGUUGAGAAGCCUCCUGUGGAAUUCUCAAUCAAUGAAGAAAUGUUUGCUGACUUCCAAGCCGAAGAAAAACAUAACAAACACGUUUAUGAUGAAAAUAGAAAUUACAAUGGACCGAAUACAGAAACAUCUUUCCAAAGAAACGGAUACUAUAAUGAUGAAGAAUACAAGCCUCCUAAACAGCUAGAACACCAAGAUGAAGAAAGACAUUAUUCAGAUUACAUCUCAAAACCACAAGCAGAGGUUUUGCCCACCAACGGACAUUUCGAAAGUGACGUUCAAAACAAGACGCGUGCAGAACUGCUGAGAGAAAAUGGAGACCAGUAUCAACAAGAUAACUUCCCGGAAAAUUCCGACGCAGCUCCUGAAGUAAACGGUUUUGAAGGUUAUAGUAUAUACGAGACAUUUAUUCAUGGCGAAAGCAAUCACGUGGUAUGUGCCAGUUGUGGCACCUCAAUUGAGAAAAGUCCAUCGAUGUACAUAGCGGAAUUAGACCGAUACUGGCAUGUCAACUGCUUCAGCUGUGUGGUAUGCAGAGCGUGGUUUGGUGACGAGUACAGCCCAGUCCUUCAUAUCACCAACUCCAUGUUACAUUGCGAGAGAUGUUACAUAACGGAUGAAGGUGAAAGAUGCACUGAGGUGUAGACCCAGACUAGUUUUAGAGACCUUUUUAAGGUUGUCAAUGUCAAUGAAAACUAUUUUAAUUUUUUUCAUUUUAUUUUUUUUUAGUUUAAUUGUGAAUAAUUAACGCACAAACAGAAACGCUUCGUGUGCCAGUUUUCCCUAAAAGCAGCAAAUAUAUAUAUAUAUAUAUAUCUAUUAGACACAUGGUUACUACUCUCAAUUUACAAUGAUCCCUUCAAGGCGUUUAACAAACAACAUUUAGUCUCUAUGUUACAAAAAAUUUUUCAGUCUCUGUCCAAAUAGGACAGUUGUAAGCGGCGAUGCUCUUGAUAAAAUAGGGCUCGUCACACAACGUUUAUAAACAUCAUUUAGAAUUCAUCUUUUUUCUCUAUUGAACUGAACGUCAAGAAAAAUUCUUGAACGAUGUAUAAAAGCGGUCUCAAUGUGGUCAUGUUUUUGACAGCCAGUGGCUUAAAUAUUUUAAAUUUACGGCUAGUGGUUAUCCACCUUCCUUUGUGAUUGAAAUAAAAAAAAAUUUACGUUUAA